AUGACACAAACCAGGGACAACGAGGUGAUCGCCAUGUCUGUGGAGGAGCCAUCCUCGCAAUUCAACUUCAAGACCGUCAAGCGAGGUGGCAAGCACCAUGAGAUCCUCGACGCUGCUCCCAUGGUCGACUACGAGGCUGACCGUGAGACGGCGCUCACCGCGCUGACCGCCGAGGAGGAGAAGCGUCUCAUCCGCAGGGUCGACUGGCGGCUAGUUCCCCUCCUCUGCUUGCUCUAUCUUAUGAAAAAGAUUGACGAGAACAACGCCUCGAACGCCCGGAUUAUGAACAAAGGCACCGAUGCGAACAUAUUGACCGAGCUAGGUAUUACCAGUGACCAGUACAGUCUAAUUACUAUCCUGUAUACUGUUCCUUAUAUCCUGGCUGAAGUUCCGUCAAACUUGGUCCUGAAGUGGAUCAGGCCCUCCCGUUGGCAAUCCCGAAUCAUGAUCAGCUGGGGCAUUGUGACGGCCUGCACGGCUGCAGUCUCGAAUCUUGGCGGCUUGUACGCCGUGCGCUUCAUGUUGGGCUUGACCGAAGCUGGAAUGUUCCCGGGCGUCAUCCUCCAUCUAACGUACUGGUACCGCCCUGACGAGAUUGCGGUCAGGCUCGUCUGGAUCUUUACCAUUGGCAAUAUUAGCGGCAUCAUCAGCGGUCUUCUUGCCUACGGAUUCCAUGAAAUGUCGGGCGUUGCGGGUAUAUCCGGUUGGCGAUGGCUUUUCAUCAUUGAGGGCAUUGUCACUAUCCUGCUUGCAUUCGUCAUCUGGUUCCGCCUGCCUGAUUUUCCCGGCACGUCGGAGUGGCUCACUCCCAAAGAGCGCGCCUUUCUCCAGGCGCGCCUGCCCGUGGCUUCACCUAGAUCUUCCGAGAAGGACUUUGAUAUGAGGGAGGUUAUCAAGACGCUCCGCGACAAGAGGCUCUGGCUCUUCACCCUCAGCUGGGCGCUCCAGACUUGUGGUGCCAGCGGCGUCAAGUUCUACCAGCCGUCCAUCAUCGCCAAUAUGGGCUUCAGCAGCAUCGCAACCGCCCAGAUCCUCAAUAUCCCCAUGUCCGUGUUGACCAUUAUCAUCAUCGUGACCGCUGGCUAUGUCUCAGACAGAGCCAAGUUCCCGCUGCCACUCUUCCCCAUCACUAGUACCAUCAUCGUCAUCGCUUCCUACGGCAUCCUAGUCGCAUAUCCUAACGACAUUGCCGUCUAUAUCGGAAUGUUGAUCGGAAACAGCUUCAGCAUUGCCUGGUUCCCGAUGAUGUGGUCGUGGCGUUCUCAGACCGUUAGCGGCGCUACCGGCUCCGCGUUUGCCAUUGGCUUUGUCAAUAGCUAUGGGCAGAUUGGCGACGCCGUCGGACCGCAGAUGUUCCAAGACAAGUACGAGCCACGAUACCGAUUACCUUUUGCCCUAGCCAUGUCUCUCAUCGCUGCUUGUGGCCUUACCAACAGCUACACGUGGUGGGUUACCCGGCAGACUGAGCGAGAUACCCGCAGGCACAAACGUGCAAGACUAGAGGCCAAACGCAACAACGAGGCUAUUCUAGACGACGUCACCGAUCAUGACCUCGACGGUGGUCGCAGGGACUAG